CUGCCCGCAGACUGCCCCUUCGGCACCUUCGGGAUGGACUGCAGGGAGACCUGCCGCUGUCCGCUGGGCGUGUGCGACAGGGUGACCGGCCGGUGUCUGCAGCACCUCUUCCUCCAACAGGCGGCCGCCAGGUCCCCCGACAGAGGUGCUCCCGGAACAGAGCCUGACGCCGGGUCUGGCGACGGCAACGCCGUGACGCAGGACCUCCGGAGCCAGCACGCCGCCCGCUCUCCCGGCACCAAGUGGUUUAGAGCCCCGCUGACCCCGCGGCGCUCCGAGCAAAGACUGUCUGACGAGCAUCGACCCCCAGCCGACACUAGGAACUUCGCUU